AUGGAUAUUGACGACGACGAUGAUUUCUAUGCUCCCGACGAGCCCACGACUCAAAAUGACCCGUCUAACACUACCGAUUCUCAUACUGCGGCUACAUCUGUCCAGCCCCAACCCCAACCCACACAACAACAACAACAAGACGAGGAGGAUUUAGAGGAAGGAGAAGAGGAAGAUGAAGGUGCUGAUAUGGACGAGGAUGAUUCGGACAUAGAUAUAAUCACGGAACGGAAAGAUGGCACAAAUGCGCCUCCUCCUACUCAGUCGCGAUAUAGCGACAUACGAAACAUACCUCAAAGAUCAGCAUCAAGCGAUACGAGCAAGCCUGCUACUGUUAAGAAGGAAGAUGCACCAACGCGGUCCACCUCAGGCCAUGACUUACCCGCAGUUUCCACAUCCAAAGUUGAUGUAAAUGCGAUACCUGUGUACAAACCAGUAGGAAAGCCUAUCACCCAGAUCAACAUUGACGAAGAUCUGCCAGAUAAUGACAAGCCUUGGAGGAAACCCGGUACAGACCUGAGCGACUAUUUCAACUACGGCUUCGACGAAUUCACCUGGGCCUUAUAUGCUGCCAAGCAAGAUAAUGUCCGCAGCGAGUACAGCUCGGACGCUAUCGCCCAGAAUAACAAGAAGAUGCUAGAAGAUAUGCAGAUGAUGAUGAUGGGAGGUAUGCCUGGGAUGAGCAGUGCAGGCGCAGGUGCCGGUAUGGCAAACAUGCCCGGAAUGGAUGGAAUACCUCCCGAGAUGCAAGCCAUGAUGCAGCAAAUGAUGGCUUCCGGUCUUGACCCGAGCCAAAUGGAUGCAUCUACUAUGUCUGCCAUGUUCUCGGGUAUGCAGAAUGCCGGGGCCAGCGCCGCUGGAGGGCAGGGCAACCAAAACCAGAACUUCGGGGGACCUGGCCAAGGAUUUGGCGGUGCUCAAGGCCAAAAUUUUAGCUAUGAACAGGGCAUGAGCCGUGGUGGGGGUGGGGGCACUGGCGGGUUUGGCGGGCGUGGUCGUGGCGGCGGACGUAGGAAUUGGUAA